GCGGUGUCUUCGUCUGCCUUUCCCGCUUCUCAGGUUGACUGGCGCCCUCUCCGCCCCGCCUCCCCCCUCCCUCCCUCCGUCCUUGCGGGGAGGCUCUUGGCACGGGUCCCCGAGCACAGGCGGGUGCAGGGGGAGGACGCAGGAGCGGUGAGGUCACGUCUCCCUGGAGCCCCGCGCCGCUGGCUUUUCAGAGCCGCGCCACGAGCCGGCGGCCAGAGCCCCAGACCGCGCGGACCGUGCGCUCUCGUCUGCCCUCCCUGCGCCGCCGGCCUCGCCCAUGUCUGAGUACGACCCCAGCCCCGACUUCAAGAGGGCUUUGGACAGCAGUCCCGAAGCCAACACCGAGGAUGACAAGACCGAGGAGGACGUACCCAUACCCAAGAACUACCUGUGGCUCACCAUCGUCUCGUGUUUUUGCCCCGCGUACCCCAUCAACAUCGUGGCUUUGGUCUUCUCCAUCAUGUCUCUGAACAGCUACAAUGAUGGAGACUUUGAAGGAUCCAGGCGGCUUGGGCGGAAUGCCAAGUGGGUGGCCAUCGCCUCCAUCGUCAUUGGCCUUCUCAUCAUCGGCAUUUCUUGUGUAGUUCACUUCACAAGGAAAGCCUAAGAAGCCAGCAGGCCGUGCACACGUGGAGGAUGGACCUCAUCCACACACACCAUAAAGGAGUUUCUGAGGAGUGGAUCAUCAACUUCAGACUGUGAGAUCUUUUCCUCUAGGACUCUCCAGAGGCAGGUCCCUGCAAAUGAAUGACAGCAAAAAAGUCCAAAAUUUAAGAGAUCCAAUCUGCACAGCCACAUCAGCCAAAGU